CCACGCCCCGUGCCGAACCCCGCUCCGCUCCCCGAGAGCGCAGGAACGGAGCGCGGGGUAACCCCCAUUUCCCUGCGGGAUUUUCUGCCCCGAUGGCAAGGGACGAGCGGGCGACGCUGCUGGAGGUUCACCAGGCACUCCCGGAGGAGCAAUUCCAGAACCUGAAGUUCCUGCUGGAAGAGCAAAUUCCUGCCGGGCUUCUGCUCCCGGCAUCGCGCCCCGAGUUGUGCCGGAUCCUCCUCCAGCGCUUCCCGGGGAAUUCCCUGGGUGUGACCGCCGGGAUCCUGCGGCAGCUCGGACGCCUUGACCUCAUCCAGCGCUUCCAGCUGCCCCUGGAAGAGCAAAUCCCGGAGAAAAUUCCGUGGGAACCUAACGGGGACACCCCCAAUGUGAGGGGGGACCCCACUUCAGGACAUGAUGCUGGAGGGAUUCCAGCUCCACCCAUGAAUCCCCGGCGUUUGACGGAGAAGGAUUUGAUGAAAGUUGCCCAAAGAUUGGGAAGAGAGUGGCAGGAGUUGGGAAUUCUGCAUCUAGGGCUGGAGCGGAGCCGGCUGGAACAGAUCCAGGAGGAAAAUCCCAGCAAUCCUGUCCUGUGGAAUUUUGAGAUGCUGCGGGCAUGGCAGCGCCGGGAGCGACAUGAAGCCACAGCAUCCCAGCUCCUAGCCUGCCUUGAGCACGCCCAGCUCGAUCCUGGAAUCCUCGACUUCCUCCAGAGCCUCCAGGAGAAUUGAGGAACCCCUAAAGUCCAUUUCUGGGGGAGGGGAGUGAUAGCAAAUUAAUAUAAAAUUGGGACCAUUAAAUACUGUUUUAUUCCAUGAAUGUGGAAUUUUGGGAUCAAGCGCCGAGAACAUCCAUCUUUACUACUGAUUUAAAGAUUCCAGAAGGAAGUCUGGGCUCUGCUCCACUUCCUCAGGGAUGGACGCAGCAGGUUUUGUGGUAGUCUCACAAGAGUUUUUUGGGUGCUGACAGAUCCUCUUCCAUACAAAUUCCAGCCUCUGGAGCUUCAAGAAGUCGUAGGAAUGUCAGGAGAGUCACAAGGCCACUACAUCCUAAUCCCAGAAUCCACAACCUCCUCUGGAGCUUCCAGGGGAAUUGAGGGACCCCCUACACCCCAAACCCCAUUUCAAGGGUGGGGUUAUAUCAAAUUAUUAUCAGAUCAGGACCAUUAAAUGCGCUUUUAUUCCAUAA